AUGGCCCUCAGCGAGGAUGAGUCUGUCCGCAUCGCCGUCCGCGCCCUAGGCGACAUGAAAAACAGCGGUGUCUCACCGCUGUUUCAGCCGACACCUGCUUUGUCCAUGACAUCCGGAACCUCCUCACCCUCGUUGCCAUCUCCAUCGCUCGAACCAGACAACAUUUCUGAAGGACGCAUCGACCGCCGCCAGAGUGAAGAUGUCGACUUUGUAUCUCGCAUGUCUACUUUCCCCAUCGUCAACUCUGCUCUCCGAGUUUAUGAACAGGGCAAGGCCAGCUCGCGUGUCGUAAAGUACGGCGCGGAGAUGAUGGAAUCUUCUGUCAAAUCAAUAUCGCGCCCCGUCAUUGACAGAUUGCCUGUCGGCCAGCUCGAUGAGUUUGCAUGCAGGCAACUUGACAGACUCGAGAACUACACUCGCCGCAAUGCGAGUCAAGAUCGCGAGCACGAUCGCGAGCGCGGUCGCAGCACUCAAAUAGAGUAUGAUCGCAAUGUCGGGCGUAGUGCGGAUUACUGGGAAACACGAGACGUCUCGAUGGCUCGUGAAUCCAGUCGCAGCCGGCACACAGAUCAUGACCGGUGGCAAGAUGCGGGACCAUCUUCGUCAAACUCUAUGCAGAUGGACAGUCGCACGUCCACCCCUCAGUCACAGUUCUCCUCUCAGUCGUCUCACAAUCAUGAUCCUGCGUCACUACAAUUGCCUCCCCCACAGCAGCAACAGCCGGAUCGAUCGUCUUCGUCAUCUACUUCGACUCAACCUGAAAAUCAACAGGUAGCACAGCGCAGUCGAUGGCAGGCCGUGCUGCUGGAAGCUGGUGGGAUCGGUGCAGCAGUCAGCGAGGAGAGCAUGCGGCGCCUGCGGUACUGUCUGCAAUGGUUGCAGUAUGCGACAUCACAUAUUGACGCACAAAUACUGGUCCUGCGCAACUUCAUCACAUCGCUCCAGCCGUCCUCAUCCAGCCCACAUCCAGCCCUGCUUGUUUCACAGCAGCAUCUACGCACGUUGAAUGCUGCUAAGCGCGACGUCGUUGAUACAGUUCGCCAGGUUGUUGAUGUCGUCAGCCGCUACGCGGGCGGCGGGCUCCCCGAGCCUGCGCGCGCACGCGUGCGCACAUUUAUUCUGCGCCUGCCUCGGCGAUGGGCAGAGGCUGCCGGCGUAGACGGCACGGAUGGGCGACCUGGCGGCAGGGCUAGCCGCGUGGACAUGCGGCGUGCAAAUGGGAGCGCGGCACCAUACAGCUACGGCCCGGGCGAGGCAGGACCGUCGCCACGCUCGCGUCCGCCCUCGCGCGCUACGUCCCCGGGACAAUCGCGUGCGCACUCGAGACAGACGAGUGGGAAUGGAUUUGGAUCGGCCACGGGAGGCGUGCCGACGACGGCGGACGCGGCGAGCGAUGCUGCACAGCGGAUAUUGACGCUUGCUACGGAGAGCUUAGACAUGCUGCGCGGUGUGACGACGGUGGUCUCUGAGAGCUUGGACCGGGCUGAUGCAUGGGUGGAACGGCUCCGUGUGGUGGGACUGCAGAGACAGCAGAACGGAGACAACGGUAAUGGCAUCGCAAGUGAUGGUGACGGAAUGUUGGACUUGCGCGAGCCGAACUCGAGGAUACCUUCCACAGAGUCGCUCUCCAGUCUGUAUGCUCCCAGGCAGCAUUACGGAAACACGCCUUCCUCUCCCAUGUCGCCCUUCCCAUCAUUAUCGCCGCUUGCCGGGAGUGCAGCGACAUCGGGACACACGACGCCGUCGUACACGAUGUCGCGCAACAGCUCAAGCUCUGCACUGAGCAUGGGGCCGCCGAGCUCGCUGUCAAGCUACUACUCAGCGAACCUGAUGGAUGCGGGCGGGGCGGCUGCGUCGCUCAACGAGCUGUCCAUUUCGUCGCAUGCCCAUGGGUCGGCGACAAGCUCGCGGUUGGCGACACCCAAGAGUGUGCUUGCUGGGCUGCCGCCGGAGGGGGACGGCGGCGGAGGUACGUACCUUCCCGGCGUGGGUUCGUUCAUGACCAGAGGCGAGAAGUGGAGUGCGGAGGGAGAGGACCCCAAGGUGCUGGCUGCGACGGCACUCGCUGGUUUGGCGGGCUCGGCAAAACGUGUGAAACAGGACCGAGGACGAGACGAUUCAAUGGAGGUCGAGAAUUGA